AUGUUUUAAAUUCAUUAAAAGAAUGUCCUUCAAAAGAAGAUCUUAGAAAUAUAUGGAAUCACACAUGUGGUGUUGCAAAAGAAGGUUUGGAUAAUAUAUAUCAACAGUUAAAGGCAUCAAUACAAAAAUAUUUAGAUGAUGAUUUUCUUGAUACAUUAGAUAACUCAACUUUUGAGGUGUUUGCAUAUAACUAUAGAUUGAAAGAACAUAUUUCAAGAUUAUUUCAAGCAGUAGGAAAUGAAGAGGUAGAAUACACUAAAGAUUUUUAUAAGUAUCAAAAUAUGUCCAUAUUUUAUAAAACAUUAGGAAAUGAAGAGGUAGAAUACACUAAAGAUUUUUAUACGUUAAUUAAUAAUAAACAUACACUUGAUGAUAUAUUGAAAUUUAUUUAUUCAUACUUAGAACAUUUCAAAACAUUAAAAAAGGAAUUACACCAAAAACACCAAAAGGAACUUUUAGCUGAUGUUGAACAAGAACGUUAUACACGGGAACAAUGUAAAAUUCGUCGAUAA